UGGGAGAGGUGUGUUGAGUGCCGUCCUGGGCAGAUAGCUACGUUUCAGAUGUGAUUUUCUGCAAAAUGCACACCUCUCCGAGCGUUUUAUUUAUUUAUUUUCAUUUUAUUAUAUACAGAGGCCUGUGAAUUCGUACAACUUCUAAUGUUAACGGACCCAGACCUGUAGCGAGUAAGCUAGUUAGCUAGCUAGCUAUAAUUCAUAUUGAAGAUUAGCUAGCUAACAAGGCAAGGGUUUGCGCCCUCCUCUGAAAUCCUUCUCGCUUUCGGAAUGUUUUCAAAAAAGCCUCAUGGGGACGUCAAAAAAUCAACACAGAAAGUGUUGGAUCCAAAAAAAGAUGUGUUCACCCGCCUGAAACAUCUGCGGAUUGUGAUAGAGAAUGCUGAGUCGGUUGACCUGAAGCAUUUCUUCGACCAGAACUACUCCCAUAUCUACUAUGUGUUCUUUGAAAAUUUUGUUACAAUCGAAGUCAGCCUGAAACAGAAAGGUCACAAAUCGCAAAGGGAAGAGCUGGACUCCAUUCUUUUUAUAUUCGAGAAAAUAUUACAGCUUCUGCCGGAGAGAAUACAUGGGAGAUGGCAGUUCCACAGCAUUGGGCUAAUCCUGAAGAAGCUGCUCCACACUGGAAACUCCUUAAAGAUUCGGCGGGAAGGCGUGCGUCUCUUCCUCUUGUGGAUGCAGGCUUUGCAGACCAACUGUCUCCGCGAGCAGCUUUGGAUCUUCGCCUGCCUGAUCCCCGGGUUCCCCGCCCCGCAAUCGGAACACGGUCCCCGCACCUUGGACAACCUGGUCAACCCUCCACUCAGCCUCCAAGAGGCGCAAGUCACUCCAGAGGAAAUCAGCCCUCUGGUUCCCCCUCAGUCCGGGGACAAAGGCCAGGAAGACCUCACUGGCUAUUUCUUAGAAGCACUUUUGAAAUACAUGGUAAACCAGGCGAAGAGUCUGGAAUGGAAAUGCAAGGAAAAUCACGAAAAGGGCUUUGCUUUCCUGUUUGGAAACUUCAAGAAGUAUUACCUUCCCCAUAUCUUUCCCAACUUUUCCAAGGAGACCAGUUUGUACAGUCCCCUACUGGAGGUUCCCCACAUGAGACCAAAGCCUCAUUACGUCGUCGUAAAGAGAGACGCAGAGACCAAUGAGCCCAUCUAUUGCACUAAGGAGAUGUUCCUGAACGCCCGCGUCAUCUUCAUCCGCUGGCUGGUGUCCUUCUGGCUGGAGUCACGCUCCAACACGGGGACCCACAUCCCCGGGGUGGACGGAGAGAACGUGCCAAAGAACAUCCAGAAAGCGGCGGCGGGGCUGGCCGCCCGUGAGGAGGGGGGCCCGCGGCCUGAGGCCCUGGACGGGGGCGCAGAACCCGAACAGUCGCACUCCAACACCAGCACGCUGACGGAGAGGGAGCCCAGCUCCUCCAGUCUCUGCAGCGUGGACGAGGAGCACCUCACCGACAUCGAGGUGGUGCGCAAGGUCUUCUGCUGCUCCAGGACCAACGUCAACUUCAUCACUGAGGUCUUCCGCCAGGCCUUCCUGCUGCCCAUCUGCGAGGCGGCCGCCAUGCGCAAGGUGGUGCGGGUCUACCAGGAGUGGAUCUCGCAGGAGGACAAGCCGGUCUUCAUGAGGGAGCCCGAGGAGGAGCGCCUAUUCUCCGCCUCUGCUGCCGCCCACCUGGACCCCGUCACCGAGCACGUGCCCGAGAAAGGGAAGGAGGAGCAGAACGCAGAUGACACAUCUGGCCCUGCCAGAAGCCCCAGCUGGAACCGGACCGCCUCCUACCAGGGUGCCCUCAGCAAAAUGGGGGAGAACGAGUUGCUGGAGUACAGUGUGCAUGCAGGCGUACAGGCCACUCUGCAGGUUUUCAUCACCAACUCCUGCAAUGUGUUCCUGCUGGAGCCGGCCAACGAUGUGAAGUUCCUCUUGGAGGGGCACAUCGACAUGUGCAAGCGGGUCCUGAACAUUUACCGGAGCCUGGUCAUGCACGAAACCAUGGACCAGAAAACAUGGGAGCAGAUCCUGCUGGUGCUCCUCAGGGUGACAGACUGUGUGAUGAAGAGGCCGCCCUCCAUCAUGCCUCCCGGGAAGAAGACCAUGACUCUCUCUGGGAGACUGGCUGGGGCUGUCUUUCAGACCCUGAUCGUGGCUUGGAUCAAAGGGAACCUGAACGUGUCCAUCUCCCGGGAGCUGUGGGACGACCUGCUGCUGGUGCUCUCCUCCCUCACCUGCUGGGAGGAGCUGGUCACGGAGUGGUCCCUCACCAUGGAGACCCUCACCAAGGUGCUGGCGCGGAACCUGUACAGCCUGGACCUGAACGAGCUGCCCCUGGACAAGCUCAGCGAGCAGAAGCAGAAGAAGCACAAGGGCAAAGGGGUAGCUCACGAGUGCCAGAAGCUGUCGGUGGACAGGUCUUUCUCCAAAGGUUGGAGCCGAGACCAGCCGGCCCAGGCUCCUAUGAGGCAGCGCAGCGCCACCACAGCCGGCUCCCCGGGCAUCGAGAAGGCCAGGAGCAUCGUCCGCCAGAAGACCGUGGAUUUGGAGGACCCCCCGCCGGCGGCCCGUGGCCCCCGCACCCGCCACUUCUCCCAGAGCGAGGAGACGCCCCCCUGUGAGGUGUUCUCCGUGUCCGGCGAGGAGCAACCCCUCCCCCGCAGCAGCAGCACGUCCGACAUCAUGGAGCCCUUCAUCGCCGAGCGGGUCAAAGGUGCACUUCCUGUCCUCGACAGUCCGUCCCCCGUUCCCCCCUGCCAGCCCGGCCCCCCCAGCCCCCUCGUGAUGGGGGCCGAAGGCAGCAGGGCCUCCUCCCUGGAGGUGGGGGAUAGCAUCUAUGACCACCUGUGCCAGAUGGUAGGGCCCCGCUCCCAGUCCCCCGCUCCCCCCCUGCCCCCCGCCCCCCCCCUGCCGCCCGACGGGGAGGAGGGCGAGGAGGACGACCUGCUGUCCUCCCUCAAGGAGUACCUGAGGCACAGGGCGGAGGAGUGGAUGGAGGAGGAGGGCUCCCCGGCAGACAGGCCGCAGGCCGGGGAGGGGGGCAGCGCUGACUCCGCCGAUGAGGACAGCUUGCCCGAGCAGAGCUUCUACGAGUGCUUGGAGCAGGAGGAGCGCUGGCCCUCGCGGGGGGGCUGGGUGGAGGACGGGGAGGGCUCUCCGCAAGCGCGGGAAGCGGGCGAGGGCCAGGGCGAGCCGGUCUCUGCAGGCAGGGACUCCUCCGCCCCCCUCCCCUCGGCCGCCCCCCAGCAGGACCCCCGCGCCCAGGCCGGCAGCCCCCGGCCCCAUGCCGGCCUCAGGCCCCGGCUGGCCCGCGGCAAGAAGCGGCACGGCGGCGUGCACGUCAGCUUCCGCCCCUCCACCGAGUCAGUGCAGUUCCACAACCCCCUCGACUCCAAGGAGGCGCACUGGAAAACCAGGCUGCGCAAGCUCAGCCACUUUAGCAGCAGCAGCCACCCCUCGGGGGGUGCCGAGCAGCCCCAGAAGGCCCGGGACGGUGCGGCUGAGGGGCCCUGCGGGGACCCAGCGGAGAGGGAGGCCCCGGCCCGCAGCCGGCUGGUCCGCGGCUCCAUCCGGCCCCGGUCCCGCUCCCGCUCGCAGGAGUCGGGGUGCAGUCACUCGCAGCAGCAGCAGGGGGCGCUGGGCGGGGUGUAUAAAUCUGUCGUACAUGCUCUCUCCAAGCCCAAGGCUCACGUGUCCCCGCAGCGGCAGAGCAAAGUGGCAGCCGAGGCACCCCUGAGGGAGCUGUACACUCAUGUAAUGGGCUAUUUUGGAAGGAAAGCACCAGCCAAUAAAGAAGACCUGAGCCAAAAGAUGCGGCCCGUGUCCGGAGACGCGUGCAACAGCAACCCCAACAUCAGCGACCCCAUGGACGAGUUCAUCCAGGAGCGGCUGAGGGCCAGGGGCACAUCUCAGGGCAUGACCCGCCGGGGCAGCAGUCCCGGGAGCCUGGAGAUACCCAAAGACCUGCCCGACCUGCUGACCCGGCAGAACGCCAUGCGGCCCAUCGACGACCCGGGCGUGCCCUCGGAGUGGACGUCGCCGGCCAGCGCCAGCAGCAGUGAUGUCAUCAGCUCCGACAGCCACUCGGACUCCUUCAGCGCCUUCCAGGCCGACAGCUGCAAGUUUGAAAAUUUCCACUUUGGGCCAGAGGUGUGUGCGGGGGGCUCUCUGGAGCUGGAUGGGUGUUCGGUACAGCAGCAGAGCGCUGAGGAGCAGGAGCUGGCCAGCCUGACCACCCUACACAUCGACUCUGAGACCAGCAGCCUGAGCCAGCAGGCCCUGUCUGCUGAUACCGUCACCAUUACAGGUUCGGAGAGCGCCUCCCCUGUUCACUCCCUGGGGGGGUCCCGGUCCCAGACCCCCUCCCCUGCCACCCUCAACGCGGAGAACAUGGAGCACAAGGACCUGCAGCUGGACGAGAAACUUCACCAUUCUGUCCUGCAGACUCCUGAUGACCUGGAAACCAGCGAGUUUCCCACGGAGGACUGCAGUGUGAUGGCCGGGGGCUCUCUCACCGGCUGGCACGCCGACGUCGCCACAGUGAUGUGGAGGAGGAUGCUGGGCAUUCUGGGAGAUGUGAACUCCAUCAAAGACCCGGAGAUCCACGCGCAGGUCUUCGACUACCUGUGUGAGCUGUGGCAGAACCUGGCCAAGAUCAGAGACAACCUGGGAAUAUCGCUGGACAACCAGACGUCCCCUCGGCCCCCCGCCCUGAUCCCACCGCUGCGCAUCCUGACUCCCUGGCUCUUCAGAGCCACCAUGCUGACGGAGAGGUACAAGCAGGGCAAGCUGCACGCCUACAAGCUCAUCUGUAAGAUCAUGAAGAGGCGGCAGGAUGUGUCGCCCAACUCCGACUUCCUCACUCACUUCUACAACAUCAUGCACUGCGGCCUGCUGCACCUCGACCAGGACAUCGUCAACACGAUCAUCAAGCACUGCUCUCCGCGCUUCUUCUCCAUCGGGUUGCCGGGGGCGACCAUGCUCAUCCUGGACUUCAUUGUGGCGGCCAGCAGAGUGACAGCCUGCUCAUCCCUCAACGCCCCCAGAGUGGAGGCCCAGAUCCUGCUGGGGUCUCUGGUGUGCUUCCCAAACCUAUACGAGGAGCUCCCCGCUCUGCACCCCACCACGGCCGACGUGGUGAUGACCAAGUUCAAGGACGUCAAGGAGCACAUCGUGAAGCACAUCCUGAGCUCAGCCCGAGAAGAACCUUCUGCCCCAGCUCGGUGUGUAGCUCUCUGCAGCCUGGGCAUCUGGCUUUGCGAGGAGCUGAUGCACAACACACGGCACCCGCAGAUCAAAGAGGCCCUCAACGUCAUCUGUGUCACUCUGAAGUUUCCAAAUAAAACGGUUGCACUGGUUGCUUCAGAUAUUUUGCACUUGCUCAUAAACUAUGUGGAGGUCCUGCAGACGUUCCCACCUGACACGCCCAAGAAAAUAGUUGAGAUUCUAAUUGCAACUAUUACUCACCUGCUCCCUACCACAGAGUCAUCACCUCAUGAACUAGAUAAAAGGCUGGUGGUGUCGUUACUGCUGUGCCUGCUGGAUUGGGUCAUGGCCCUGCCCCCCAAAACCCUGCUGCAGCCAGUGCACACCCUGGGGUCUGACAAAGACAAGGGCGACAAGUCCGUCCUCAGCUGCAUCUACAAGGUGCUCCACGGGUGUGUGUACGGGGCCCAGAAUUUCAGCAACUCCCGGUAUUUCCCCGUCAACCUGUCGGACCUGGCCAGCACGGAGUACGACCCCUUCCUCCCCCUGGACAGCCUGAAGGAGCCAGAGCCUCUGCACUCUCCCGACUCGGAGCGCUCCUCCAAACUGCAGCCCGUCACCGAGGUGAAGAGCCGAAUUCAGCACGGCCUGGUCUCCAUCGCCGCCCGCACCGUGAUCACCCACCUGGUCAACCACUUGGGGCACUACCCCAUGAGCGGGGGGCCCGCCAUGCUCACCAGCCAGAUCUGCGAGAACCACGACAACCCCUACUGCGACUGCGCCGACCUCUCCCCCGAGCUCUUCGACAGCCCCAACCUGCAGUUCUUCGCCCUCAACGGCACCACCCUGCUGUCCAGCCUGCAGAUCCGGGCCGAGGACAACGUCCCGGGCGGGGGCAUGUCUGCCGGCCUCACCACCACCAGCUCGGGCGUGCGCGUCAUCGUGCGCGACAUCUCGGGGAAGUACUCCUGGGACUCCGCCAUCCUGUACGGGCCUCCGCACUGCGCCCAGCCCUCCCGGCCCCUGGGGCUCCUGGUGCCGCCCCAGGGGCCCCAGCAGCCCCCGCCCUCCGAGGAGGACAGGGAUGGGUUUCAGGAGGAUGAGGAGGAGGAGGAGGAGGAUGACGAGGAGCUGGAGAACGAGGAUGAGGAAGAUGAAGAGCAGGAGGAAGAACACGUGGAGGCGGUGGUGGCGGAGGAGGAAGAGGAAGCGCAGAGGGUGGAGGAGGACAAUGAGGAGGAGGAGGAGGAGGAUGAGUCCACGCUGGAGUUCAUGGCCCCCCUGGCCAAGCGGCGGUGCCGGGAGGUGGUGCCCUCGUGGGACUCCGUGCGGGACGAGGAGGACGCCCUGGACGAGAUGCUCCAGUACCUGGGCGUCACCAGCCCCGAGUGCCUCCAGCGGGCCGGGGCUCCCCUCAACAUCCCCGCCCCGCCGCCGUCCUGCGUCUCCGAGAAGCAGGAGAACGACGUCAUCAACGCCAUCCUCAAGCAGUUCACCGAGGAGAAGGACUUCGCCGAGCGCCGCAACAACGACAUCCACAUGAGGGCCGUGGAGCAGGACGAGCCCGGGCCCCAGAAGCCCCAGUCCGCCUUCUACUACUGCCGGCUCCUCCUCAACAUCCUGGGCAUGAACUCCUGGGAGAAGAGGAGCAAUUUCCACCUCCUGAAGAAGAACGAGAAACUCUUGAGGGAGCUGAAGAAUCUGGACUCAAGGCAGUGUCGGGAGACGCACAAGAUCGCUGUCUUUUACGUGGCAGAGGGACAAGAGGACAAGCACUCCAUCCUGUCCAACACCCGGGGCAGCCACGCCUACGAGGACUUUGUGUCGGGCCUGGGAUGGGAGGUGAACCUGACCAGCCACUGCGGCUUCAUGGGCGGACUGCAGAGGAACCGCAGCACAGGACUCACCACCCCCUACUUCGCCACCUCCACCGUGGAGGUCAUGUUCCACGUCUCCACGCGCAUGCCCCCCGACUCCGACGACUCCCUCACCAAGAAGCUAAGGCACCUGGGAAACGACGAGGUGCACAUCGUUUGGUCGGAGCACUCCCGGGACUACAGGCGGGGGAUCAUCCCCACGGAGUUCGGAGACGUGCUCAUCAUCAUUUACCCCGUCAAGAACCAUAUGUACAGCAUCCAGAUCCUCAAGAAGCCAGAGGUUCCGUUCUUCGGACCCCUGUUCGACGGCGCCAUCGUGGAUGAAAAGAUCCUGCCCGCCCUGGUGCGAGCCACAGCCAUCAACGCCAGCCGGGCUCUGAAGUCCCUCAUCCCGCUCUACCAGAACUUCUAUGAAGAAAGAGCCCGGUACUUGGAAACCAUUGUCCAGCACCACCUAGAACCAACCACGUUUGAGGACUAUGCUGCCCAGGUCUUCUGCCCAGCCCCUUUCAAUCACCUGCCCUCAGAAGCAGGCUCAUGCCCCGAGAGUCAGCCGGGCGAAAGUCCAGCGGCUCAGGUAGACGGGAGCGACUUAGCCUCGCCCAUGUCCCCUCGUGCUAGCAAGAGCCGCAUGUCCAUGAAGCUCCGCCGCUCCUCCGGUUCUGCCAACAAAACCUGACCGCCACAGCCCGACCGCGACACGGCCCGCAGCCAGGACAGUGCCCGCCUCAACACCCAUCCCCUCAAACAGUGCCUGCCUCAACACCCAUCCCCUCAAACUGUGCCCGCCUCAACACCCAUCCCCUCAAACUGUGCCCACCUCAACACCCACCCCCUCAAACUGUGCCCACCUCAACACCCAUCCCCUCAAACUGUGCCCGCCUCAACACCCAUCCCCUCAAACUGUGCCCGCCUCAACACCCAUCCCCUCAAACUGUGCCCGCCUCAACACCCAUCCCCUCAAACUCUGCCCACCUCAACACCAACCCCCUCAACUCCCACCCCCUCAAACUGUGCCCACCUCAACACCCACCCUGACCCCCUCAAGCAGUGCCCGCCGCAACCCCCACACCCCGUAUCCUCAAACAGCGCCCACUUCAACACCCACCCCCAUCCCCUCAAACAGUGCCCACCUCAACACCCACCCCCCUCCACCCCUUAAACAGUGCCCACCUCAACACCCACCCCCCUCCACCCCUCAAACAGUGCCCACCUCAACACCCACCCCCCUCCACCCCUCGAACAGUGCCCACCUCAACACCCACCCCCCUCCACCCCUCAAGCAGUGCCCACCUCAUCCCCCACCCGCCUCGACCUCAAGCCCCCUGAGCUGGACCCUUCUUCCACCACUGCCCUAGAGAGGGACCUCUUCCACACAUAUAGACAGAUGUAUAAAGAGAGAAAAGUAUGUAUAUUCAAAGUAUAUAUUCAAAGUACAUAAUUGUUUGUGUACAAAAAGGAAAACCCGACAGAAGUGUGUAUUUUUGAUGUGCGUCUGGUGCAUGAGAAGCAGCCAGCGUGUUAAUUUACUUUUCUUUUUUUUACUGAAAUAAGACUUGCGUCAUCUGCUGUGUUAUUUUAGCUGUUGCCACUAUGAAAAAAAAAAAAGAAAAAACAAAAAGGUAACAAGUUCCCCUCUUCUCCACACCACUAUAAUGCCAGUGAUUGUAAGAGAAACACAUUUAUUUAAGUGUACCUUUUUUGUUCAGUUACUGCAUACUCCAUACAAUAUUUUUUUGAUAUUUGUACAGUAGUCUAUAAUGGAGAAAUAAACCUUUAUUAAAGGGCUGGGUCAAAGAGAGCAAAUGUCAGUUUGGCAAAAUCAAAUUUAAGCUAUGAAAUAUGACUCCCAUAUCUGUGAAGUGUAAAUUUUUUGGUUAAGUCAAAGCACUUGCUCAUGUUACAUUUUGGAUUUGAUACACUAAAUGAUCAAUAUGGUUGUUUUAUCCCAGAAUGACAUUCACUACUGUUUUGUUUUCUCGUUUAUUAUGAAGAUUGUAAAAUCUGUUUUGAACUUCUGAUGCAGAAUGUUACUGAUUUUGUCUAUGUAAAAUGUGUAAUAUUGAAACUACCCCUUCACACUCAUAAUGGUUAUAUAUAAAAAUGUAUAUGUAUAGUGGAUGAACCGUAUCUGGUCUGUGUAUAUAUUUUACAAUAUUUAUAUCUGCCAAAAAAAAAAAACGAUAAAAAAAAAAAAAACUUUAAUUGACCUCAAGCCACGUAGAACAACAACCCAAGGUGAAAUAAAGCUCUCUUACUUGCGUUUGAUUUUCGAGGGCGCUUACUUUGGGGAAAACGCUCGAACCAGCCCCUGUGAAGUCCACACGAUGCAGGAAAUCACGCGCGGCCGCGAAGGCCUUCAUUUAAGACCGAUCACAGCAGAGGUGGAACCGAACUUUCACAAUGGGAUGAUGCCCUGAACUUGAUACCCUCUUCUACAAAAUACCCUCCUCUCCGAAUGUUGGUAUUGUGGGAAAAUACUCCUCUACCUGAAAGAAAGACGUGUAUCAUUGCCCUUUACACUACAUAAUUAUGUCAAACCAGACUGAUAGACUGAUCAGCUGAUGGUACUGUCUGGACGGGGUAGGACGCUGCGUACACCGCCUGUCCUGACUUUUCUCCGCGAGUGGACGGAAGGAGCUGUCAGAUCCACUUGUUUUCAAACGGCGCCGUUGCACCAUUUGCCAACUUUGUGUACCAUACGUGUAGCACUGCUUUUUAUUGUUUUGAUUAACGACACGAUUUGUUGCCGUUUUAUUUUUAUUAUUGAUUACGUAUAUUCACAUUCAGCAAUAGGUUCUCUGUUAGAGAGGAAAGGGAUUGCAAAAGGUCUUUUUUGACCCACUCAUUUUUUUUUUUACUUCGAAUAUUUGCCACUGUUUCAAUGGUUGUUUCUUGAAUCUCAUUUGUUUUUCAAAAUGUUUUUUGUUUUGUUAUUAGCACAUUUUUGAGGUUGUGAAAGCUCCGUUGCAGUUAAAUAUGUUUUGCUCUUCAAAUAACUUGAGGUGAUUUAGAAAAUGUCUUUUAGUUCAGAUGUGAGGUGAACCAAGGAGAAAGCACGAUUUGGUGGCAGUUGAAGAAUAUGCCGCAUCCUAUGGGUUGAUUUGUCCAAAUUAAAUGUGUGUGCUGCAUUCCAGUCUCUGAAAUAUGUGCACAUAGUAAAAAGAAAAUCCCUUGCUCAUCAGCAGUUGUAUGCUACUACUGACCAAAUGCAGCAUGGCGCCAGUACUAACUGCAUGUGUUGAUAUAAAAGAGCUACAAACCACACAAAUAUAGUCUUGUCAAACUUGUAGUAUCUAUACAUUUGUAAUGGCUGUAAAGCAAGGAAAAUGGAUGUGCAAUUAAAUUUGACAAUAAAAGUAUUCUUAUCA